CAUUUUGUUCAUUUCUUAACGAAGAGCCUCUUUAUGACGUCACAGACUACACCCACUCAAGAACAAUGAGUGUAGCGAAUGAUCGAUGGAAAAGCGAUUUAAUUGCUUAACAGCGACGCGUAGUGGCAAUUGACAACAAAAUGUCAAACAUAAUUUUCUUAGAUUUAAAUCCUUAUUUAUUUAAUUUAUUUAAAAUGUUUAAAAGUCGUUCAUUUAAAUAUUGUUAGAAAAUUCGUCCUAGGUCUUAUCUGGUUUAAUUGCAACGUUGGGGAUUCCCCAGUUUUAAAGAAUCUGCAUUGUUAUGUCAUCAUUGUAAGAUUGUAGACGUCAUAAUGUUCGCCGUUGCUAAAGAUUUUGUUGCGCGCGAUGGUGAACCGCACACGAUGUCGGUUUGUAAAGGUGAGAAAGUUUGUGUGUUGGAGAAAACCAAUGAAGCGUGGUGGCUUGUAGCCAAUCAGAAUGGAGGUGUUGGGUUUGUACCUACGUCAUACAUGGAUGGCACUGUGACGUCAUCAAACGACGUCAUUAUCAAAUCGAUCGAUGAAGCGAUUUCGAAAAUAUAUAUUUCUUCAAAAGGUAAAUUAUCUGCAGACCAAGAAAGUUUGUUGUUUAAGUUGAACGAACAUAAGGAUGAAGUUUCGAAAAAAAGGAAAAGAAAGGCACCUCCUGUGCCCUGCCGAGCUGUUAAUCAAACAUCUCAACCAAUCAGAGAGCAGGAGGAAUCAUCGGGACCAAUCAGAGGGCAGGAGGAAUCAUCCCGACCAAUCAGAGGGCAGGAGGAAUCAUCCCGACCAAUCAGAGGGCAGGAGGAAUCAUCCAGACCAAUCAGAGGGCAGAAGGAAUCAUCCGGACCAAUCAGAGGUCAGGAGGAAUCAUCCGGACCAAUCAGAGGGCAGAAGGAAUCAUCCGGACCAAUCAGAGGGCAGGAGGAAUCAUCCCGACCAAUCAGAGGGCAGGAGGAAUCAUCCAGACCAAUCAGAGGGCAGGAGGAAUCAUCCGGACCAAUCAGAGGGCAGAAGGAAUCAUCCGGACCAAUCAGAGGGCAGAAGGAAUCAUCCGGACCAAUCAGAGGUCAGGAGGAAUCAUCCGGACCAAUCAGAGGGCAGGAGGAAUCAUCCGGACCAAUCAGAGGGCAGAAGGAAUCAUCCGGACCAAUCAGAGGGCAGGAAAUACCCGAAAACCUUGGGGAAGAUUUGCUCCACCUAGUGACAAGUACGACAAACAUAACAAAGCGAGAAUCGAAAGAAAUUGUUGUCUCGCUGUUAAGUCUAAUCGCAAAUCAAGUGCCCACACUUGAUGGCGCCAUGCACAACAUAAUUUCAACUUUACCCAUGCUUGCCGCCGAGCCGGAUGACGAGGUUGCGAAGUUGGGUUUGGCGUUCGCGAACCUGUGUGAAAUUAAAAAUGACGCGCAACAGCGCAAUUGGGCCGUACAGGACGAUGAAAAUGAUAUCGUAGAAAUCUUAAAUCAGAUUCUUACCCUCACUUCAACAUUAGAUACGAAAUAUAUUCCAUUGUUACGUCAUAAUGACAACAAUGCUUUAAUGACAAUCGCCAAUUAUUACCAAAUGGAACCAAAAGUUCGAAUUCGGUUAAUCUUGCUUCAGAUUAUCGGCGCGAUUUGUUCAAUUUCACCCAAGUUUAUAUCGGUGUUUGUUACGUCAGUGUUGCCUGAGGAAUUGGUGCGCGAAGUAACCGACCAUGCACGAAGUGACAAAAUGAGGGUCGCUUACUGUUGCGUUGUGCUGAGUUUGCUAUUCUCGACGGGGGAACCUGUACCGGUGGCUUACGAUGAAACUAUCGGGGAAUCAUUUGUUAAAUAUUUGAUGGAUAUCAUUGAAGAUGGCACGGUGGGGGAAGAUGGCUCACAUGAAGAUCUCGACGAUGUUAUGAUUCGUGUCAUCCUGUCAAUCAACCUCCAUCAUGUUUCACCCGAUGCCAAUCCGACACUGAAUGUUAUCGCCGCUAGAGGGGGUUCGACGAGGCUGAGUGAGAAGUUAAUGUUGUUGUUUAACCGGGGUCAUGACCCUGUCAAUGAGGGUUGUGACCCUGUCAAUGAAGGUCACGACCCCACAUCAUGUGACCAACCACCAAACUCUGUUCUUAAAUUUUUCCAGGAUAUUUUUGCUCGAAGGGACACGGGUGAUUGCUUUCUGUACACUAACGAUCUCAUGGUUUUGAUUGACAUAAUCGUUCGUAACAUCGCUGACCUUUCAUCGGGGUCGAAAGGUCGCACCGAGUAUUUAGAUUUGCUUCUUAAGGUCGCUGGAACGUCUUCAUUCAUUGAAACUCGACAUAGAUGUCGCGAUUUAUUUCAAAUCUUGAAUCGAAUCAAGAACGAGGAGUUACCACACGAUGACAGCUUUAGGAAGUUGAACAAUGCUGAGUCACAAUGAUACAACAAAACAAACACUGAGUCAUCCGAAACAUUUAAAGAAAAAUUCCCAAAUUCCGGGUCGCUCGCGCUCUGCUGAUGCUAUUUGCCUCGAAGUUGGGUGUGGUUUCGUCUGCAAUCGAAUACCUCAGCUACGAACGCACCUUGAAGACACACACGGGAUAAUUCAAACCGUUCAACAUUUUGUUUUCGCCAACCAAUCGGACUUUGAUAUUUGGCUCGCGAAGACAGAGCGCGAAGCAUGUUGUACGUUCAUGCGACGACGAGGCUGGCAAAAUAAUAAGAACGGGUCGUCAACAGCGUGUUUUUAUUGCCAUAGAGGUGGAUCCUAUACAAGUAGUGCUACCAAGAAACAAAUGAAAAUACAAGGAUCCUGCAAGACCGGCGUUGAAUGUACGGCAUCUGUUAAAGUAACUCAAUGGAAGAAUGAACCCGCAAAUACCGAAGUUCACGUGGAAGCUCAUCUUCAACAUUAUGGGCACAAUUUUAACUUGGAACAUACGAGAAUAACUAAGUUGGAGAAAGAAGAUAUCGCGAGGAAACCAUCAUGUGGUGUGAGUCGUUACAAAAUAAUGGAUGAAGUCAGAUGAAUGUCCGACCAAAGUUCUUCCCCAAAUCGUCUGCAUUUGUUGUCGUUACAGGACAUCUACAAUAUAGAGAAACGGGCCGGUAUUAAGAAUCCACGCAAGGUUGGGGCAAGUGGGGCCGGAGGCACAACGGUACAAGCAUGGAUUGAAUCGAUGCAAA